AUGAGAGGUUCUGGUCUUCCCCUCUGCCUUCUCUCUGCUGUGUUUUCUCUCUCCUGGGCACCUUCUGCCAGUCUAAAGACACUCCAUUUGGGAAGCUGUGUGAUCACCACAAACCUUCAGGGAAUUCGAAGUGGAUUUGCGGAGAUACAGAGCAGUGUGCAAACCAAAGAUGAAAUCCUUGACAUCAGAAUCUUGAAGAAGACUCACUCUUUGCAAGACACAACGCCUGCAUAUCAGUGCUGCCUCCUCCGCCACAUACUGAGACUCUACCUGGACAGGGUGUUCAAAAACUACCAGACCCCUGACCACCAUGUCCUCCGGAAGGUCAGCAGUCUCGCCAACUCGUUUCUUGCCAUCAAGAAGGACCUCCGGCUCUGUCAUGCCCAUUUGACAUGCCCUUGUGGAGAGGAAGCAAUGGAAAAAUACAGCCAGAUUCUGAGUCACUUCGAAGAGCUUCAGCCUCAGGCAGCGGUGGUGAAGGCUUUGGGGGAGCUGGACAUUCUCCUGCGAUGGAUAGAGGCGAUUGACUAGGAGGACAGUGAUGCUGCUGCUGAGAGGGCUCCGGGCCAAACCCCUAGUCCUCAGGAGGCAUGGCCCCUAACCUCCAUCCCUUCGUUACAGAAUUUAGUGCUGGCCACCGUGUAUAUUAUUUAUACAUUAUUUGUUCCCUUAUUGUGGUUAUCUUUAUAUGUUCCUGCUCUUAAUCUAGACCACAGCCUUCUAAGAUUUUAGUAACAUCUUUUCUACUGUUGGGUAUAUUUAUUAGUUAAUAUUUUUAUUUAUUUUUACUAUUUAACUUAUUUAUUUUUGUAUUUGAAGAGAAGACUUUUAAAAGCAAUUCAUGGAUUAUAUUUAAAC